AACCCAAAAGGUAAAAUAAGAAGAAAGGAAAAAAAAUUCCCUCUCCUAAAACUCCAACUCGCAUCUGCGCAUCUGUUCUCCAUCUCCUUCUUCGUAACAAAACCAGCAUCUCUUAGCACCACCUCUCCUUCUCUGCCGCUACUAUUCCCGGCGUUGACGACAGUGAUGGCGGAACAAGAGCCUGCAUUUUUUCCGAGGGAGAAGCUUAUUGAGAGGCAAAAGGUCUUCCAAAGCAUCCACAAGCAUACAUAUCUAAAGGGACCCCUCGACAAGGUCACCUCCGUUGCCAUUCCUAUUGCUCUAGCUGCUACGUCGUUGUUCCUGAUUGGUAGAGGGAUCUAUAACAUGUCUCAUGGAAUUGGGAAGAAAGAAUGAUUGGCAAGUUUGCUUAAUGGGAGUUAAUAGGAUUGGCUAUGACUUGACAAUAAUGUCUGGAAUAUGCUUUGAACUUGUAAUUUUGUUUUCAUUUCAAAGUUUCAAUGGUUGCCUUUUUGACAAUAAUAUGUAAUAAUUGCAUUAUUACUGUUGAAUGCUGGAUAUUCUUUAAAUUGUGCUCGUCUUACCAA